AUGUCGCGUGCUGCAAUGUCCCGCCUGGCCCCUUUUGCGCGCGGCCUGCUGCGCACGUCGCCCGUCGCCGCCGCCGAGCGUGCUCUGCUGCUGCCGCUCCUCCAGGCGCGCAACAGCUCUCACUCGCCCAUGGGCACGCCUCCCGCAGCGCCGCGCAAGAAGGUGACGGUCAACACCCUGCAGGCGCUGCACCGCAAGAACGAGCCCAUCACCGUGCUCACCGCCUACGACUUCCCCUCGGCACACCUCGCCGAUCACGCCGGCAUAGAAAUCGUUCUUGUCGGUGACAGCCUUGCCAUGGUUGCCAUGGGCAUGGAGGACACAAGCGAGGUCACGGUGGAAGACAUGCUGGUGCAUUGCCGCUCUGUUGCGCGCGCUACGAAGUCCGCUUUCACUGUUGGUGACAUGCCUAUGGGUUCUUACGAGAUCGCUCCGGAGCAGGCCCUCGAGACUGCCAUUCGCUUUGUCAAGGAAGGUCGUAUGCAAGGCGUCAAACUCGAAGGCGGCAUUGAGAUGGCACCCACGAUUGCCAAGAUCACUCGUGCCGGCAUACCUGUCCUUGCUCACAUCGGAUUGACGCCCCAGCGUCAGAACGCCCUGGGCGGCUUCCGCGUGCAAGGCAAGUCCACCGCUGGCGCACUCAAGCUGCUGCAAGACGCACUUGCGAUCCAGGAAGCAGGUGCUUUCGCCACCGUGGUGGAAGCUGUGCCGGCCGAGGUCGCAACCCUGGUGACGAAGAAGUUGAGCAUUCCGACCAUCAGCAUCGGCGCCGGCAACGGCUGCUCCGGACAGGUCCUCGUCCAGGUCGACAUGCUGGGUAACUUUCCGCCCGGCCGCUUCAUCCCCAAGUUUGUCAAGCAAUACGGCGAUGUGUGGGCUGAGAGCAUACGCGCCAUUACCGAGUACAAGAACGAAGUCAAAACGCGUGCUUACCCCGCGCCUGAACAUACGUAUCCGAUUGCGAAGGAGGAGGUCGCCGAGUUCGAGCGAUUGAUCGCAGACAAGGUGGAAGUGAACGGGAAGGCUUCGUGA